UUGAUUAGAGGGGCUUGGGGCAGGAGUUUGUUGGAGUUGGUGGAAAGGAUAGGGAAGGAGAGGGUUUUUGUGCCGUAUAAGGCGGUUUGUGCGGCGGAUUUUGUGGCCAGUUGGAAGUUUUAUGAUACGUUUGCUACGAGGGAUGCGGAGGGGUAUAGUAUUGGUGUCCCGCUGUUCCCGUGGUUUACGGCGGAGGGCGAGGCGGUUACGCGGAAUGAUGUUCUUGCCGGGAAGGAUGCGGUGAGGGUGAAGAGUUGUUGGGGUGGGAUGGUGGCUUUUGAUGGGCGUUAUUUUCAGGGUGGGAAUACGCUGGAGGCGGAAGGGAUUAGUGCUGGUCAGCAUGCGGAGUCGCAGAAUUCGUCGAAAGAGAAGGGGAAGAAGGUUGAUGGGGUAGGGAUUCCGGAGUUGCCGUUGCGCUUCAGGAGUGAGGCAGAGCCGUUUUGGGAUAGUAGUGAAUGCUGCUUGAUCCAUUCCGACAUCAUAUCUCUUCCCUCUUUCCCUCCAUUGGCUUCUUCUUCUACUUUAGCACCAAAAAAGGAAGACGAAUAUGAUACAGGCAUCUACAUGAAUCCCUAUGUCCGGACCGCCUAUUCAGCUUCCGCUCACCGACAUAUCUGGCUCGCGAAACGCUUCGAAAGGCUCUUCUCUCCUCUCCAACGGAUGCUCAAUUAUUUCGCCCGUAUGCCACGCUUCAAUUACAGACGGGCGGAGAAAGAGGGACAAUUAGUCCAAGACAAGUUGUGGAUCUCCGUGCACUCGAAUAUGACGGAGGAACAAAGCAUCGCUUUG